AGGAUGUAAAGUGUUGAGGAAAUAUCUGUUCAAUAGCUUUGCAACUUCUCCGAAAUGCUGGCUUCCAGAAUGGCUGGGACGAUGCGCGUGCUUUUAAUCGCUCUCUUGUUUGCAGAGGUACGUGCAGAGGCAACCACAACGUCAACCUCUGACCUUAACCCUAACCCUAAUACCACCACAGCAUUAACAAUAAAGGACCCCACUACAGGCUUUACAAAUGGGUCUACAACCACCGCAGAUACAAUAAAGAGCGUUACCGCUACAACCUCCAACCAGUCCCUGACAGAAACAAGCAAAUCCCAAGACAAUUCAACCAAGACCACUCUUGGAGUUCAAACAGCAUUACCAGACAAAUCCAACACAACCUUGGGUUCAUCCACCGCUUCUCCAUCAGCCUCCACCCCACUGAAACCGGACUCCUCCACCGUGUCUGUGAAUAACCACACCAGCCAUCCUGUCAAUGAGACUGUCAGCGUUCCGCUGAAAACAACCACUGUUUCAGUGCAGGCCCCUUUGCUCACUACAAAUACCACCAAUAAGAUUAACAGUACUGACCUAACACCUCUGGGUUCCAUCAAUGACCUGCCCAGGAGCCCGGGCCUGGUGGCUGUGCUGUGUAUCUUUGCUAUUGUGCUCAUCCUGGUCAUUGUGGUUGUCAUAGUAAAGGCCUGCAAUUCUGGGAAAGCAGAGUUCAAGAGACUGGAGGAUGUGCCCAUGAAUCGGGUAAACGAAGAGUCGCCAUUUGCUCAGUACCCACCCAAGUGAUAUUCAAGAAGAUGCUUUGAAUUGUAUUCAAUUAUAUGAAUGGCGUGGUGUUGGGUUAGGGGGUAGGGUUGUUUUAAUUGUAUUGUAAAACAUGUUUAUGAAAUCCCCUUGGGUCAAUAUGAAGAUUUUUGCUAAUUGUUAAAUCUGUUUAGCACUGUCUCCUCUGUGUCUGAAUGAAUUUCAGAAUUUUUAAAUAAAACUUGCCACAUCACUCCUAGUUUAUAUCAGUUCGGGUUUAUAUCUUUCUAUGCAUUUUACUUUUAUUUUGGUAGAAAACAUUGUUGGUGUUCAAUUAAGGUGGAUGGGGGCUUUAAUUUAGUUAAUUUUAGUUAUUCUUAAUGUUAUGUUAUUUAUUAGUAAAGUCGGGAUAUCUUCA